AACUGGCUCAGCGCGCAGGCCGGGGCGGGCGGGAGCCGCGGAGCAUCCCUGUCGCCCUCGCCGAGAGCUGCGCGCGGACCGGCCGCUCCCUGCCCGCGAGCGCGGGGCUGUCCUCGCCCAGGUGGGACCCGCGGGGCCCCGGGGCCAGUCGCUGCCAGAGAGAAAUUCUCUGAUCUGUACAAUCUUCUUGAAGCAAACUCAGACCAGAGGGAGGAUUAUCCUUGAUGUUUGAAGACUAAGACCAAACUGAAAUUUAAAAUGUUCUUUAGGGAAGAAUGGAGCUUGACUUAUACUUUUGUAAUAAUUUGUUUCCUGACACUAAGGCUGUCCAGCAGUCAAAACUGCCCUACCAAGAGUCUAGAAGAUGUUGUCAUUGACAUCCAGUCAUCUCUUUCUAAGGGAAUUAGAGGCAAUGAACCCAUACGUACGUUAACUCAGGAAGACUGCAUUAAUUCUUGCUGUUCAACAAAAAACAUAACAGGAGACAAAGCAUGUAACUUGAUGAUCUUCGACACUCGAAAAACAGCUAGACAACCCAACUGCUACCUAUUUUUCUGUCCCAGUGAGGAAGCCUGUCCGCUGAAACCAGCUAAAGGACUUAUGACUUACAGGAUACUUAGAGAGUUUCCAACUGUGGCCAGAACUAACUCGCCAAGCCCAGAGUUAACCCGAGAAGAUUCUCUCAUCCAUGGCCAGUCUUCAAGGAGAAUCCCUCCCACAACCCCUGCUAUGACAGGUUAUUCAAAGCCCGCUGAUAGCUUCUGGAGAGAUGCAUUUUCUCAGAAGUUGGGAUCCUCAGAUCAUUUGGAGAAACUAGUGAAGAUCGGUCAAGCGAGUACAUUGUUCCCUGUUUAUAAAGAAAAAGGCCAUCCUCAGAGUUCACAGUCUGCCUCCAAACAAAAAAUAGCUCAUCCACUGCCUAAGCAUGUGACAACACUCCCCACAACAGUGCCCAUUGCCUCUCUGCCUACCACCUCUGCCCCUCCAAAGCCUGCAUUUGCCUCUCUGCCUACCACCUCUGCCCCUCCAAAGCCCCCAACCACCAACGCUCCCAUGAUACCUUCCAUGACUUCUGAACCAGAAGUGGCCACCUCAGCUCCAUCCCUAGCCCUGGGCAAGUCUCAGCCCCCCACAAUCCUCUUGUCUACAAUUUUGACAAGUGCUGUGGUCACACCCAAAGCUAGACAAGCUACAGCAGCAGUUUCAAACACUGUCUCUGAGGCACCCAUGGACUGGAAGAGCCCCCCAGAAACUGUGACCUUUCGAGAAAUUUCCAUUCUAACUUCAGACACAGAGGCUGCCUCUAACCCUCCUACACUUUCUUUGUCAGCUGUGGAUUUUUCUGCUACUACACUGCCUACAUCAAAUGUGGAUUCUUCUGCUACAAAUAAAGCUGCUUCCCAGAAGGAUGAGAAGGCCAAACCAGGGGGUUCCUCCCUGAACAGUGUUCCAGAAAGUCAACAUGGCCUUCCAUUUGAAAAAUGGCUCCUCGUUGGAACCCUGCUCUUUGGUGUUCUGUUCCUAGCCAUAGGCCUUGUCCUCUUGGGGAGAAUGUUCUCAGAAUCCCUCCGCAGGAGACGUUAUUCGAGACUUGAUUAUUUGAUCAAUGGGAUUUAUGUUGACAUCUAAGGAGGGAACUAGAUAUCUUUUCAUUCGUGUAGUUACUAGUAGCCCAAAUGCAGGACUCUGUUGACUCGCCCAUUUUAGCAGGAUUUCUGAAGUGUUUUGAAGACAAAUGCCCCCUACCAUUUUUAUUUUUUGCUUGGUUUUUGAAGACAAAGGGAGAAAGGAAACAAAUUAGGUAAUUUGAGUGAUCUAUCUCUAAAAUAUUCACUGAAAACAAAGCUCUACCUAAAGUAAUAAAGCAUAAUUGGCAUAUAAAUUCAAAAAUGACUGGCUUUUUGCAAGGAAAAGUGGUUAUGACUUUUAGGCUCCAGUUCAUUAACAUUUCUGGUUCCAGAUAAAGUCAACUGUUUAUGAUAUUAAUUCUAACGGGUUUACUUUCCUUUUUAUAUGAAUUCCAAUAAAACUUAUUCCAGAUGUAUUUCCUUCCAAUUAAAUAUUUGAAUAAAUCUUUUGUUACUCAGUAA